GUGCCCUGCGCCCGCCGCCGCGGCACCAUGUCGGCCAAGGUGCGGCUGAAGCGGCUGGAGCAGCUGGUGCUGGACGGGCCGCAGCGAAACGACAGCGUGCUAAGCGUGGAGACCCUGCUCGACCUCUUGGUCGGCGUCUACGCCGAGUGCAGCCGCGACUCGCCGUUGCGCCGCGACCGAUACGUCUCCGACUUCCUCGAGUGGGCAAGACCAUUUACAAAAUUGGUAAAGGAAAUGCAGCUCCAUCGAGACGACUUUGAAAUUAUCAAAGUGAUUGGAAGAGGUGCAUUUGGUGAGGUUGCAGUUGUUAAAAUGAAGUGUACAGAGCGUAUUUAUGCAAUGAAAAUUCUGAAUAAGUGGGAGAUGCUUAAAAGGGCAGAGACAGCUUGCUUCCGAGAGGAGAGAAAUGUCUUGGUGAAUGGAGAUUGUCAGUGGAUUACUACGUUGCACUAUGCCUUUCAAGAUGAGAACUAUUUGUAUCUAGUGAUGGACUACUAUGUUGGUGGUGACUUACUGACACUUCUCAGUAAGUUUGAAGACAAGCUUCCUGAGGAUAUGGCUCGGUUCUACAUUGGUGAAAUGGUGCUUGCUAUACAUUCCAUACAUGAGCUGCAUUAUGUGCACAGGGACAUAAAGCCUGAUAAUGUUCUUUUGGAUGUGAACGGCCACAUACGGCUGGCAGACUUUGGGUCCUGUCUGAAAAUGAGUGAAGAUGGCACAGUACAGUCAUCAGUAGCAGUGGGUACGCCUGACUACAUCUCCCCUGAGAUACUGCAAGCAAUGGAAGAUGGAAUGGGAAAAUAUGGGCCUGAAUGUGACUGGUGGUCACUGGGAGUCUGCAUGUAUGAAAUGCUGUAUGGUGAAACACCCUUUUAUGCAGAGUCAUUAGUGGAAACCUAUGGGAAGAUUAUGAAUCAUGAAGAACGAUUUCAGUUUCCAUCGCAUGUUACAGAUGUAUCUGAAGAAGCAAAAGAUCUAAUUCAGCGACUUAUCUGCAGUAGGGAGCGUCGACUGGGACAGAAUGGAAUAGAGGAUUUUAAGUCUCAUGCAUUCUUUGAAGGACUUAAUUGGGAUAACAUCAGAAACCUAGAAGCACCUUACAUUCCAGAUGUUAGCAGUCCUUCUGACACCUCAAACUUUGAUGUAGAUGAUGAUGUAUUAAGAAAUCCAGAAGUGGUGCCACCAAGUUCUCAUACAGGCUUUUCUGGAUUGCAUUUACCAUUUGUUGGGUUUACAUACACAACUGAUAGUUCUUUAUCUGAUAGAGGCACUUUAAAGAGUGCAAUGCAGCCUGACACUGUAACCAAAGAUAUGGAUGUCCAGCGUGACUUAAAGAGCACUUCACAAAUAGAAGGCUAUGAAAAGAAAAUACGGAAAUUAGAGCAAGAAAAGCAGGAUUUGAACAGAAAACUGCAAGAAUCUACACAGACAGUGCAGAACCUCCAAGGUCCAGUGUGUGUCACAGUAAAUACAAGCCGUGAUAAGGAGAUUAAAAAAUUAAAUGAAGAAAUUGAACGGUUGAAAAACAAAUUAACAGAUAUAAGUAAACUGGAAGGACAGCUUGCAGAUGCAAUGGCUUUUCGACAAGAACAUGAAGACUCAAUGCACAGGUUGAAAGGACUAGAAAAGCAGUGCAGAGUGUUGCGGCAAGAAAAGGAGGAGCUUCAUAAGCAACUUGUAGAAGCCUCAGAGAGAUUAAAGACACAAUCCAAAGAACUGAGAGAUGCCCACCAGCAAAGAAAGCUAGCUGUGCAGGAGUUCUCUGAGCUCAGCGAGAGGAUGGGAGACCUGCGGUCUCAAAAGCAGAAGCUGUCCCGGCAACUUCGCGACAAAGAAGAAGAGGUGGAAAUGAGCAUGCAGAAAAUUGAUGCUAUGAGACAGGACAUCCGUAAAUCAGAGAAGAUCAGAAAAGAGCUGGAAGCCCAACUUGAAGAAGUUGUAGCAGAAGCAUCAAAAGAACGCAAGCUUCGUGAGCACAGUGAGGUCUUCUCCAAACAAUUGGAAAAUGAACUGGAAGCACUAAAGCUGAAGCAGGGAGGUCGGGCAGCAGGUGCCACACUAGAGCAUCAGCAGGAGCUUUCCAAAAUUAAGUCUGAGCUGGAAAAGAAAAUCCUAUUUUAUGAAGAGGAGUUGGUCCGACGAGAAGCAUCACAUGUCUUGGAAGUCAAAAAUGUGAAAAAGGAAGUACAUGAUUCAGAGAGUCAUCAGCUUGCACUGCAGAAAGAGAUCAUGAUACUAAAGGAUAAAUUAGAGAAAACAAAGCGAGAGAGGCACAGUGAAAUGGAGGAAGCAGUAGGAACAAUGAAAGACAAGUAUGAGCGUGAAAGAUCUAUGCUCUUGGAAGAUAACAAAAAGCUAACAACAGAAAAUGAGAGGCUCUGCUCCUUUGUGGACAAAUUAACAGCACAGAACAGGCAGCUGGAAGAUGAGCUCCAAGACCUAGCAGCAAAGAAGGAGUCUGUUGCUCACUGGGAAGCUCAGAUUGCAGAGAUUAUUCAAUGGGUAAGUGAUGAGAAGGAUGCUCGUGGCUAUCUCCAAGCAUUGGCUUCCAAGAUGACAGAAGAAUUAGAAUCAUUGAGAAGUUCCAGUCUGGGGUCACGAACACUGGAUCCACUUUGGAAAGUGCGACGCAGUCAGAAGUUGGAUAUGUCAGCCAGGCUGGAAUUACAGUCAGCCCUUGAUGCAGAAAUUCGUGCCAAACAACUAGUUCAGGAAGAGCUACGAAAAGUUAAAGAUGCAAAUAUGUCUUUUGAAAGUAAAUUAAAGGAAUCAGAAGCAAAAAAUAGGGAACUGUUGGAAGAGAUGGAAGGUUUGAAGAAAAAAAUGGAAGAAAAAUACAGAACAGAUUCAGGUCUCAAACUUCCAGACUUUCAAGAUUCCAUUUUUGAAUAUUUCAACACUUCUCCUCUUGCACGUGAUCUGACAUUCAGAGAUUCUGUUUCUUCUUCGUCUACAUCUUCUCUGCUAGCCUUUUGGGAAGAAACCAGUUCUAUUAGUGAGCAGGAAACCCAGGGUCCCAAGUCAGAAGUUUCACCGUCUACUUCGGUUGUAACUGCAGAGCAACAGCAAGAAUUUUUUGUGAUUCAGGAACCAAUUCGGCUUCAGAGGAUGCCUGCUGCUCCUUCCCCCACCAUUCAAUCCAUUUCUCUAGCUGUACCAAAGCCUAAAGCUCACCAGCUCAAUAUCAAGUCAUUCACAAGCCCCACUCAGUGUAGUCACUGCACUUCUCUUAUGGUGGGAUUAGUUCGACAAGGUUAUGCCUGUGACGUGUGUUCAUUUGCAUGCCAUGUUUCCUGCAAGGAUAGUGCACCUCAGGUCUGCCCCAUACCCCUUGAGCAAGCCAAAAGGCCUCUUGGAGUAGAUGUGCAAAGAGGAAUAGGAACCGCCUAUAAAGGUUAUGUAAAGGUCCCAAAGCCUACAGGAGUUAAGAAAGGGUGGCAGAGAGCUUAUGCAGUUGUCUGUGACUGUAAGCUGUUCUUAUAUGAUGUGCCUGAAGGAAAAUCCACCCAGCCUGGAGUUGUUGCAAGUCAAGUCUUGGAUCUCAGAGAUGAAGAUUUUUGUGUGAGCUCUGUCCUAGCAUCGGAUGUAAUACAUGCAACUCGUAAAGACAUCCCUUGCAUAUUCAGGGUGACAGCUUCUCUCUUAGGUUUGCCUUCAAAGUCUUGUUCUCUACUCAUCCUGACGGAAAACGAGAAUGAGAAGAGAAAGUGGGUUGGAAUCCUAGAAGGGUUGCAGUCUAUCCUGCACAAAAACAGACUGAAAAACCAGGUUGUGCAUAUUCCACAAGAAGCUUAUGACAGUACACUGCCUCUUAUUAAAGCAAGCUUAGCUGCUGCUAUUGUAGAUCAAGAUAGAAUAGCAAUUGGAUCAGAAGAAGGGCUGUAUGUGAUAGAGGUGACCCGCGAUGUGAUAGUCCGAGCUGCUGACUGCAAGAAGGUGUACCAGAUAGAGCUUGCACCAAAAGAGAAAAUUGUCAUCCUCAUCUGCGGUCGGAACCAUCAUGUUCACCUUUACCCUUGGGCGUCUCUGGAUGGGUCAGAAGGAAACUUUGACAUUAAACUUGCAGAAACUAAAGGCUGCCAAUUGAUUACAACUGGAAUGCUAAAGAAAAGUUCCUCAACGUGUUUGUUUGUGGCUGUCAAGCGACAGGUUUUUUGCUAUGAAAUUCACAGAACUAAACCUUUCCACAAAAAAUUUGGUGAAAUUCAGGCUCCAGGAACUAUACAGUGGAUGACAGUGUUCAAGGACAAGCUCUGUGUUGGCUACCAGUCUGGGUUCUCUCUGUUGACCAUCCAGGGAGAUGGACAAUCUAUAAACCUGGUAAAUCCUAAUGACCCCUCACUUACCUUCCUCUCACAGCAGUCUUUUGAUGCCCUUUGUGCUGUGGAGCUCAGUAAUGAGGAAUACCUGCUUUGCUUCAGCCAUAUGGGAGUAUACGUCGAUUCGCAAGGUCGAAGGUCACGCAUGCAGGAACUAAUGUGGCCUGCAACUCCUGUUGCCUGUAGUUGCAAUUCUUCGUAUGUAACAGUGUACAGCGAGUAUGGUGUUGACGUAUUUGAUGUUAACACUAUGGAAUGGGUGCAGACUAUUGGCCUGCGAAGGAUCAGACCAUUAAACAUGGAUGGCACACUGAACCUCCUUAACUGUGAGCCACCAAGGCUAAUAUAUUUCAAGAACGCGUUUGCAGCAGGAGCUGUCCUCAGUGUACCAGAAACAUCUGACAACAGCAAGAAGCAAAUGCUUCGAACUAGGAGCAAAAGAAGAUUUGUAUUUAAGGUUCCUGAGGAAGAGCGAUUACAGCAAAGGCGGGAAAUGCUUAGAGACCCUGAGCUAAGGUCAAAGAUGAUUUCUAACCCAACGAAUUUCAACCACGUGGCUCAUAUGGGACCAGGAGAUGGAAUGCAGGUUCUCAUGGACCUCCCGCUGGGUUUGUGUCUGUUACUGAAAAUAUGUGGAUGUGGUCAAAGUGUUCUACCUGCUGCGCAGGAUGAAAAACCAUGUCCAUCUACGGCUAACCUCUCACGGCAACAGCAGCAGCAGAGAAACAAAACCUAUAUUUCAUGGCCCUCAUCAAGUGGCAGUGAUGUGGGAGGAGCUGUGCCUUCCCGAAGUAUGUCUGAUCCUGACCAGGAGUUUGACAAAGAGCCUGAUUCAGACUCCACCAAACACUCUACUCCCUCCAACAGCUCAAAUCCAAGUGGUCCCCCCAGCCCCAACUCUCCUCAUAGGAAUCAGCUUACGCUAGAUGGACUGGACCAGUCAACCUGUGAUGCAUAACGCUACCGCUGUCACUACUCUGGCUUUGAUCAUCCACUACUCUGUGGAGUAUUCAAGAGCAGGGCAAAGCUUUCUCAGAUGCUAGUGCCAAGACUGACACUGAAUCUCUAGUGUUGUACAAGAAUAUAUAUCCAGAUUGUAGAUACAAACCAUUGAAAUGAAGAAAAUUCUUUACUAAAUAGUGAUCAAGCUUUUUAUGCAGAAUUGUUCACUGCUCAGUUACGGUUGAUUCCUUUCUGCACAGCUGUGACACAGUUUUAUUGCAUAGGAGCAUUUAAGGCCACCAGUAAAUAGUCUUAUUCUUAUGCUGAAA